AUGACCAGUUCGUCAACAUCUUCUACUCGUUUUCCUCGAAUCUCUACUCAUGGUGUGCCUACAAGAUGUUGGUAUGGCGAGGGCAUAACCGCGUUUGGUUCAUCGACGGCGGAGAAUAGGUAUCGACGAUUCUACCAAUGCGAAAUCGCGAGAGAUAUUGAUGAAGCUUUGAUUGAGGAAAUUCGGAUGGUCGAUGCGAAACAUGAGAGGGUUGCUCCAGUGAUUACGAAGUUUGAAGAAAGGGUUAUGGAAAAGGUGAAGUCCGAGAUGGUUAGAGUUGAACGUCAGAUGUCCGAAAAGCUUAAAGAGAAGGUAGACUUGGAGAUUGCUAGAGUUGCACACGAGAUGAAACACAAGCUAAAGAUUGCAACGGUGGCUAUGGUAGUUGUAGGAGCAAUCGUAGGAAUAUGGACUUCUCUUCGUGUCUGA